ACAACACACCAAUGGCGUCCCCGUCAAUACUGGCACGCGAGAACCUCAAGGUGCUGGCAAAGGGCGUCCAGGCCGUAGUGGUGCUCGUGCCGGCGGCAGAGCCGCAAGACCCCGCAGCGACGCCGAGAGAGCGCGCUGCCGCCCGCUCGGUGCUCAAGCUCGUCCUGGGGCCGGAGAACGGCGUCUCGGCCUCCCUGCGACCACACAACCCUGUCAAGGAGGUCGCCGCGCUGCGCAAGGCUGACCAUGCCAACGUGGGUAGCUUGCCCACGGCUCCACUCACCCGCUGCCAGAUCAUCAAGCUCCUCGACUACAGCUACGACCGCAAGGCACUAGAGCACAUCAUCACGCUGCCAUUACAGGCGCUGCGGCUGACCGAGGUGCUGACCGCCUCGUUUGCCGCCGACGAGCGGGCGUACGCGGCGGGCUCGCAGCCGCCACAGGCACGAGUAUCUCUCUCCCUCUUUGUACGGACCGCACAGGGACUGCUCUCGGCGCUGGCGCACCUCCACGCCCAGGGCAUCUCACAUCGCGACGUCAAGCCCGCAAACAUUAUGCUCUCGUGGGGUGGCGAGCCUGUUCUCAAGGACUUUGGCACCGCAUGGGACGAGGCGGGCGCGGGCGACGACAUCGACCCGGACGAGCAGGGCGGCGGCAAGACGGCCAAGGGCAAGCCCAAGACGACGGCCGUCGGCACGGGCCCAUACCGCGCCCCAGAGCUGCUGUUCGGCCCAAACGACUACGACCCGCGCGCGCUCGACCUGUGGGGCGCGGGCGCCACGCUCGCCGAGUUCUUCCGCCAGACAGGCCCGUACCCCGUCGAGCCGGACAGCGGGCCGGACAGCUCGGACGAGGAGCUCGGUGCCGCCGUGGCUGCCGUUGCAGCGCUCAAGAUCGGGCGCCGGCCCAGCCCGACGGACAACGAGCGCACACCGCUGUUCAAUGCGGCCUACGGCGACCUCGGGCUCGCGGGCAGCAUAUUCCGCAUCCUGGGCACGCCGACAAAGGAUUCGUGGCCUACCUUUGACUCGCUGCCCGACGCGCACAAGAUGUUCUUUGACGAGCGCCCCGCCGUGCCUCUUGCGUCGGUGCUCCCCGGCCUCAACGAGGAAGAAGAGGGAGAUGCCAGGGCAGACGUGGUGCGCGUGCUUGGCGGCUUGGUCCGCCUCGAGGCCGCCGAGCGGACAAGUGCGGCCGACGCGCUGGCGCUGUUGGAGCGCACCUCCCUCAGCCCACAUGCCCAGGAUAAGGCGGCUGCGGCUUUCAUCGACUCGUUGCUCGAUGCCGAGGCCGUCAAGUUUGCCUAGCCGCCGGCGUGUACUCAUGUGUGUUACCACUGCGCAUUAUAUUUAGUCGAGCCAACGCUCAUGAUGCAUGACAAGGCAACAAUAAUAGUACAAAUCAUCAUAUCUAGUCGUAUCUAAUCUGCAGUCCCGAUACGGAAACUCAAAACUCAAAAACACCAACUCUACUUUGCCGGUGUGUACUCGUACGAGCGAGGGGCGGUGCGGAUGGCACGGUCAAUGAUACCGUUCGUGACCUCGGGGUUGUCGAGGUAGAGGUGGUGGCCGGCCUGGGGCACGACGUGGAACGAGCCAGCGGCGUUGCCGGCCUUCUCGAGCACCUUGACGGCGUCGCGGCCGCCGUCGAGGUCCAUCCAGUCAUUGUCACCGUAGAGGAACGACACGGGGAUCUUGAGCUUGUCGACGCGGUCGAUCAGAGGAAGGCGGGCGUAUGCUCCAGGCUUGAGGAUGUGCGAGAUGCAGAACUCGCCCGAGCCCUUGAGCGUGCUCGUGCCGUAGAUGUACGAGUGGAGGUCGCGCACGUCGUCGGCCGACUGGGACGCGAAACGGCGCGACGAGUACUUGCCGACGAGCAUCGGGCCCCAUGGUCCAAUGCCGCGGAGGACGCUGAAAGGCGACAGGCCCUUGUCCCAGCCCCAGAGGAACACUGAUCGGAUCAGCGACCUGGAGGUGGAUUGCGCGGGUUCAGGAGGAGGGGGGGAAGGCGUACUCUUUGUAGCUCCGCGGCGGAAUGCCGAGUUCUCGCGCUCCUGCUGCCACUGCUUGGCCUCGCCGUGUGCGUCCUCGCCCGUGACGGCGGCCUCGAGCGCCUCGGGGUUGCCGGCGAUGCCCUCGUCGACGUUGUCGGCGUCCUCCUGCGCCGGCUUGGCCUUGGUGGCGGGUGCGGGUCCGGGCGAGCCGUUAAGGUUGAGCUCGCCGCGGGGGAUACCGACGGGCGAGACAAGAAUGAGCGAGCUCACGCGCUCGGGGUAGCGGAGGGCGUAUGCCGUCGCGAGGUAGCCACCGAGCGAGUGGCCCACGAGGACCAUCUUCUCGAGGCCGACCGAGGCGCGCCACGACUCGAGCGACGAGAGGAAGAAGUGCUCAGCACGGGCGACGCGCUGCUCGACGGGAGCGUUGGAGGGAGCGGCAAGGAGCGCGGGGUUCGGGCGCGACGACAGGCCCAUUCCGAGCCAGUCGAGGAAGAAGGUGCGGCGGCCAGUGGCGGCGGCAGAGCGGGCGAUGGGGUCCCAGUUACGGAAGAAGAAUCCCUGGGCCGCGGCGUAGCCGUGGAGGACGACGACAGCCUCCUUCGAGUCGGCAUUGUCCUGGCGACUGAUCUCGAGCGUGUUGAUGUAGUCCUGGUGGUUCUUGUGGCAGUGCUUCUUGUGGUGGUGGUGAUGGUGGCUGCUGGUGCCCGACUUGAGCGACGAGGCGCGCGAGUCGGGGUUGGUGUCUGGGACGGUGGGUGCCAGCGCAGGGUCCGGGGUGGGGAUGAAGACGUUGCGGACGGUCGCGGCGAACCCAGUGCUGGGGUCGAUGGGCGGCACAAACGGCUUCUCGUCCGUCUGGGGGUGGCUGCCCGACCAGGAGAACCACGACUUGGACGGCUCUGGCGGCGCAGGCGUGUAGUAGCUCAGGCGGCGGAGCAUGCGGUCCUCGGCGAUCCUAGCGUCGCGGUAGCCCGACGAGGCCCACCAUGCCGCGAGCGACGAGCGAAAGUCGGUGGGGAUCUCGCGCGCCGCGGGCGUGUGUGAUGGGGAAGGCACGCGCGUCGGCGGCUCGGAGAAGCUGGCCGUGGCAGUAGCGGUAGUGGUGGCCAUUGUGUCGUUGUAGUAGAGAGAGGGAGAGGAAGAGGUAUAGGCGACGGCGGCGGCGGCGCUGCUGUAAAUAGUUGGUUGGGGGGAGGUGGAGGGAGGUGGAGGCUGGAGGACGAUUACGAGGCGGCGGCUUGGGCGGCUCGAGUUGUUGAUUGUGCGGGCGACCAGGCGCCAAGGUGAGGCAAACAGACUUGUUAGGGGGGCGAGGAGACUGAGCUCUGCCCGUAAAGGUGUUAGUGGGUGUGAUGCUUUGCU